UUUUUUGUGAAGGCCUCGCGACUACAGAGUUGACCCGCAAAGGGUGACAAGUCACGACCUACGCAGCACAGGACAAUCGCGCUCUGACACAAAUCACACCAUCAUCUCGAUCCAAAGCGAGGCAAGCUAAUGCUAAUGCUUUGUUUGUAAGUUGAACCCCGCAUUCUUGAUCCUCAUCUCGGAUAAAAUCCCGCAGAGCUCCUGGAAGGCCGGAGCGCCAUUGCCGAUCCACAGGCGCACCGAUUCACCAGCAGCUGCGGCUCCGGUGUUCCUGUUGGUACUACCAAGAUAACAUGGAGAGCACCGUGAUUUUGAACGGGAUCAUCGCGGGUGUUAUCAGGUCACUGGCGGAUGGAGGCAUCGCUAUGAUCGUAAAAGUGGCGUGCGUCAAGAAGGACAUCGACAUCCUCGAGAGGCGACUUCUCAGUAUAAUGGCUUUGAUCGGAGAUGCAGAGGGGCACCGGAUCCUGGCUCAGUCCGAAGCGGCCGACCACCGACUCAAGAAGCUCAGAGAAAUUGCGUAUGAGGCGGAGACCAUAAUCGACCUCUUCAGGAUUGAAGUGGGAACUUCGCGACCACAGGACUGGGAUGCUGCCUCUAUAUGUAAGUGUGUCAAGGAAGUUCAUAUCAGAUGCCAGAUUGGAAAUGAUAUACAGGAACUAAACAAGAAACUGGAUACAAUCAUACCGGUAAUACAACAGUUAGGACUAGCUGCAGAAGAUCAGUCAGGAAUAGACAGCGAAGUUGCUCCUCAUUACAAUGAGUCCAAUACAAUAGGUAGAGGUGUUGGCAGUGACUGCAAUGAUCUUGUUAAUCUGCUACGGAGAGGUGGAGAAGGCGCCCAUGUUCUUUUCGCCAUAGUUGGAACUGUUGGAGUUGGUAAGAGUACUCUUGCACUCAAGAUAUACCAUGAGAUGAGAGGUAGGUUUAGAACCAGGUUAUGGGUAAAUAUCUCCAACGACUCCAGAUGCAUCACAAUAUGGUCUGGUGACACAUUUAAGAGAAGGGCAAGAAUGUCGGAGCAACGUGAGGUGUUACGCCGCUAUCUGAAUGGUUCUACCAGGAACCUGCUCUUGGUCAUUGAUAAUGUGCGGAAAGCAGACGAUUGGAACCAGUUGCUGGCUGCAAAUGAAGCAUUCCGCCGUUGUGGCUGCAAAGUCAUUGUAACAACACGUGACGAGAAUGUCGCAAGGACGAUGGGGGUGACCCAUUUUCACCGUGUCAAGUGUUUGAAUGGGGAUGAUGGCUGGUUGUUGCUCCACAAAACCGCUAAUCUGGGAGGGACUGUAACCACUGGGAAGAUUCAGGAUGUUGGAAGAAGUAUCGUGCAAAAGUGCAGUGGCGUUCCGAUGGCGAUUAAAACAAUUGGAUGGAAUCUAAGGGGCAGAUCCCGGGAAGAUGAAUGGGAGAGCAUACAUUCACAAGAUAUCAUUUCCUCAUAUCCAGGGAUAAGGGACACCAUUGAUACAACAUACAUGGAGUUGAAGUAUCGCGUCAAGCGCUGUUUCCUCUACUGCUCUUUAUACCCGGAGCAAUUUGUGAUCAAGCAACAGUGUGCCACGCAGCAGUGGAUUGCAGAGGGGUUCUUUGAGGGCAGUCCAAAUUUAGAAGAGGCGGCUGAAAGUUGCUACCAGGAAUUAAUAGAGAGGGGUCUUCUUCUGCCUGAGCAUGAAGCUAAAGGUGUGGUGGGAGCAAAGAUGCCUACUCUACUGAGAUCAUUUGCACUCUAUCGGUCAGGUGACGAGAACUGUGUGGAUAAUCCUAGUCGUAUCAGUAGUACCAGUAAACCAUGGCGCCUAUGCAUCACAGAUGAAGAAGCAAUAGAGGCCAUCCCGGUUUAUGUCACUCGUUUGAGGACACUCUUUGUGUCUGCAAGCCCACUCAGAAGAAGCAGCUUGGACCUUAUCAUUGAAAGGUUUCCAAACCUAAGAGUACUGGACCUUAGAGACACACAAGUUGAGACCAUUCCCAAAAUGCUGGGAAGAUUGCUGCAACUUAGGUAUCUGAAUCUUUCGAAUACUAAAAUAAGAAAGCUUCCUCGGAGUAUUGGGAAUCUGAUGAUGCUGCAGUUUCUGAUCCUCCAAAACUGUCCUUGCCUCACACAAAUAACCAGUCAUGUUGGCCGUCUGGAAAAUUUGAGGGGCCUCGACUUCUCGGGGGCACCAGAGCUAAAUGAUGUCCGUUUCAAACUAGUCAAACUGACAGAACUCAACUGCUUGCAUGGUUUUUUUCCAGCUAACCAUGGUCGGACACUUAAAGAAUUACAUGCACUGUGCAACCUUACAAGCCUCCAGAUAGUAAGGCUUGGCAGGGCAUCAAGCAUAGAAGAUGCACACCAAUCAAGAUUGCAGGAAAUGGAUAAUCUCAGAGAGCUCGAGCUGUGCUGUAGUUCUGUCGACCGACCACCAGUUGAUAUUCAAGAGCAUAUGAAAGAUGUGUUCGAUGCACUCAGACCUCCUCAGAGUUUGACUUCUCUCAAGAUAGAUGGUUAUUAUGGCAAUGGAUUUCCAUCUUGGUUCUCAGUUUCUCAUCUUACAGUGCUGCAGCGGCUGACGCUUGAUGGCUGCGUCCACUGUCAGCGCCUACCAGCUCUCGGUGAGAUGAUGAAUCUCAAAUUCCUGGCUAUCAUAGGCUUUAGCUUGUUGACUGAGAUCAACUAUGAGCUGCGUGGGGCGCCAGCAACCGGUGUGGCAUUUCCAUUGUUGGAGCAGCUAUUCCUAGGGAGGAUGCAGAGUAUGGUGUCAUGGUCUGGUCUUGUAGAUACAGACAUGCCUUUACUUGAGAGAUUACAGCUUGAUGGAUGCCCCAGUAUGAUUUCUGUCCCCUCGUGGCUCCAGCACUGCACGGCAUUGAAAAGCUUGAAGAUACACCAUGCUGAUGCGCUUCAAAAUAUCGAGAACCUGCUAGCACUUAAGGAGCUGCAAGUUCACGAUAGUUCCAAUCUGAAGAGGAUAUUUAACCUCCGUAGACUGGAGGAAUUGGAAAUCGUGAACUGUACACACCUGGAUACUGUGCAGGAUGUUCCUCUGUUGCGCCUCUUGCAUUUGGACGAACCCACAGCCCAGCUCCCAGAAUGGCUCCAGAAGAAACAGUCAUUCACUCUCAGGAGAUUGGAGAUUAUCGGCAGUGAGGACCUACUGGACAGAUGCUCCUCAUCCACCGCGCGCUAUGGGCGCCUCAUCAAAGAUGCAGCUGAUCAUGUUUAUGCGAAAUUGCAUGGUGGUUCCUUGUACUUCUCGUACACCAAGAGCACUGGCAUGUUCGAUAGAAGCCGACGAUGCAGGGAUCGCUACGGUAUGCAAGGCACAGCUAUCCUCGCGGUGCCUGUUGCUCCUCGGCGAGUUCAUGGUGGCUGGGAAACAUGGAUCAAGUACACACUUUGUGCCAUCUUCCUCAUUGUUUCCCAGUUCUUUGUUCAGUGGGCUGUUAGCUCUAGGUAAAUGAGUGGAAUUAUGUCACCUUUAUUCCACUUAUUUGAUGUACCUUUUGCUGUCGCCAAGUUUCUGAUAUGUGAAAGCUAUUUGUUCUAGUGGAACAGGCAUGAUCUACGAUGUAUACCACCUCCACAUCCAUUGGCAUAAUAACCUGUCAGCAAA